AUGUUACGAGGCUUACGGUCUGGUUAUGAUGUGCCAUAUACAGGAGUGGAAUGGAAUUUGGUUCGAACAUUGUUUCGAAGCGAUAAGAUUGAAGAUUUAGAGCGAUGUCGGGAUGUUAUGGCCAUGUGGAGAAGCAGGAUGGGAUCGGAUACUCCAAUAGCUAUCAUGUGUUCGUAUCAAGUUUUAUUUGUUGAAAUUGAGGAGAGGAAACUAAUUCUGAGAGAGAACUACAUAGGGAAAGAAAUUUUGCAAAUGUUGCAUUGUUCAGCGGUUAUCAGAUUUAUUAAUUAUGUGAACGAAAUCAACCAGACUUCUUACAAAUCAAAAUCCAUUGUGAACUCAGUAGAAUCUGCAGGAAUACCUAAUUGGGUAGUUGAAGUAAGACAUAAUGCUUCUCAUGCAAAAUUUCCAAGACUCGAAACGUUGAGAGCAGCCAAUGAUUUUGCCUAUAAAUGGCUAUGGGAUAACUUUUGGACAAAGUCAGCCGAUGAAGCUAUCCGUUUAGCUGGUAUUGCAGGGAUGGCAAAUAGAGAUCUCGAGGAAGAAAUUCGAUCCGAGAAGACUAAGGAGAUAGAGACUAUCUUGUACAACUAUGUGAAUUGGAAAACAACUAAAGGAGCCAAAGGACUCAAUACAGCUUAUAUUCCUCCUGAGUUUGGAAAUCUUCAGAAGACAAUGAGAUGCGAACCAUUCUUCUUCAUACAAGUUUUUGCGGCCGAAAACUGCUUGCUAUUAUCUCAAAAACAGUUUGAGUACGCUCGAGUUGAAAGUCCCACCACUGCUGGUUGGUCCGUUCCUUUCAAUCUCCAAAAAAUUUGGGAGCCUGUUUUCUCUCUGUUAGAUGAAAUAAAAGUAUUAGGAGAAGCUACUAUUGUGUUACUAUCGCACAUUCGGAACAAUGACUCAGCCUAUGACUAUCAGGCAGCUGCGUGGGCGUCUCUCAUUAUCGAAGCUAAUGCCCAACCCGAUGUUGAGUCCUUCACAGAAGCGGAAUGGUCAACAGUUCUAUAUAAGAUGGUAGCAUGCCAUGAUUACUUUGAGCCCUCACUCAUACAAAAGGUAUUAAACAAACUUCCUCGGAUUUCACAAAAGAGACGAAGCCAAGUUCAUCGAAUACUUAACAUCAGUACAACAACGACUUCAACACUUGUGGAUGAAACAAUGAGCGUCAAAACCGUAGAAGAUUUACAAAUGCUGAUAAAGAAAGAUGCUAAAGAACACAGCGAGUGUGCUUACAAGGCUGAUAAGGACACUGUUUUGGGAUUCGCGUUAGGAGUGAUCCCUGGACAAACUUAUGAAACAUUGAGUUUAUCCAUAGAUGUUGAAGUUUUGAAGAAAUGGGAUGACGAAGAGAAAUUGAAGUCGGUGUUCUCGGCCAAAAAGAAAAAUUUCAACUAUAUUUUCAAUGAAACAAUAGAGGGAUGUUAA